AUGUAUGUAGCGGGUGAAAGGGGUAAGCCGUCGGUGGAGACAACCACAAUGAUGGAGAAGAUAGUCCGCGACCAAGUAAUCAACGCGCUCGUUGUCGCCAGAGACCUGGCGACCCGGCGCGGCCAAACCAAGAUGACGACCAACGACGUCCUCUUCCAGGUCCGACACGACCCCGAGCGCCUCGCAAGACUGCAGAGCUACAUGCGGUGGAAGGACAUCCGGAAGCGGGCCAGGAUCAGGGCCGAGGAGACGACCAACCUUGUCACCGAUGUCGCGGAACCGCCACCGCCACUGCUGCUGCCCCCUUGGUCAUUGCUCUCCAUGUUCCCUCACGCCUCCGACAUCCCAUCCGUCAUCGCCGCUGCCUCAUUUAUAGAUCAGGACGACGACGACGAAGCCAAUAACAACAACAACAACAACAACAACAACAACAAGAGGGAGCCGCUGCUGGCCCGGCUCGCGCGUCACGACGAGCACACGCGGCGCAUGACGGCCGACGAGUACCGCGCCUGGUCAGACUGCAGGACCGCGUCGUUCACGUACCGCAGGAAGCGGGCGUUUGCCGAGUGGUGCGGCCGGGGAGCGGCCGUUGAUGACGACGACAACGACGACGACGACGUGCUCGAGAUCGUUGGGUUCCUCGCCCGCGAGUGGGUACAGACGCUCACGGAGCGGGCCCUGGCUGUCAAGAAAAAAGAGGAGGAGGAAGAGCUAAGGAGGAGGAGGAGGAGGAUGAGGGACGCCCCCCGGGGGGCGAGCGCGGUCCGGCCAGGCGACGUCAGGAGGGCGUUUGAGAUGCUGCAGACGGCUCCUAAGCGGUGCACGGCCAUGAUGAACGGGACCCGGCUGCGGCCGCCCAAGAUGAUGAGGCUCAGAAUGUUUUGA